ACAGCAGCCGUUGCCACUCGGACUCAGAUACAGGUCGGACAUCACUACAAUCAGCUAUUUUCCGUCGUGUAAAAACCGUUAAAUAUUCCUCCGGUCGGUGUUUGGUCGUGUUAACGGGACAUUUCUACAUUUCUCCCCGAGUUUAACCGUUAACGGACAUUCGGUCGCACAUUAACCGGAACCUUUAAAUGAAGGUGUAACGGUUGAACCCGGAGCGGAGGAGUGUGUGCACCGCUACAUGGAGACGUGUGACGUGUACAGGGCUGAAGCUGAGGAGGCAGAGAGCUAGCAGAGAGCUAGCAGAGAGCUAGCAGAGAGCUAGCAGAGAGCUAGCAGAGCUAACACACUGUGCUGCUGCUGCUGCUGCUGCUGCGGGUACAACAUGGAUUAACUGAGUUAGGAACUAGUCUACUCUGCUGAACUCAUGUUGACCAGCUGAGCAGUGAAGGGUUAGCUCACAGGUAGCUCCAGGUAGCUCAGAGUUGUGAUGAAGAGGAUGGAACAUUAACCUGAAGAGGAUCAACAGCUUUCUGUUCAGAGUCUGUCUCAGUCUGUUUGUUAAUGAAACUGUGGUGAGAUCAGUGUUUAGAGAUGAUGUACUCAUCCAGAAGAAAACCUGCUCUCUACUUCAAAGAGGAGAGAAGGUUCCUGUCUGGUAAAUGUACCAUCUACAAGCUGUUCGGCCUCUGCAUGGUGCUGCUGCUCGUCUCUCUGCUCUGGCUGCAGCUCAGCUGUUCAGGCGAGAUGUCGGCCACCACGCGUGAAGACAGACGCCCCUCCCAGCCGCAGCAGCUGCAGCAGCCACCGCCGCCGCCGGCCUGCCCCCCGGCCGACAGCCAGGCGUCUGCAGCAGACGACCCCUCCUGGGGUCCUCACAAACUGGCCCUCAUCGUCCCCUUCAGGGAACGCUUCGACGAGCUGCUGGUGUUCGUUCCCUUCAUGCACACGUUCUUAAACAAGAAGAAGAUCCGCCACAAGAUCAUCAUCAUCAACCAGAUGGAUCACUACAGAUUUAACCGAGCGUCUCUGAUCAACGUGGGCUACAUGGAGAGCGGUAACGACACGGACUACCUGGCGAUGCACGACGUGGACCUGCUGCCUCUGAACGAGGCUCUGGACUACGGGUUCCCCGAGGAGGGGCCGUUCCAUGUGGCCUCACCUGAGCUGCACCCGCUGUACCACUACAAGACCUACGUGGGAGGAAUCCUGCUGCUCACCAAGAAACAUUACCACAUGUGUAACGGGAUGUCUAACCGGUUCUGGGGUUGGGGCAGAGAGGACGACGAGUUCUACAGACGACUGAGAAAAGCUGAGUUACAGCUCUUCCGACCGAGUGGAAUCAAUACAGGAUAUAAAACCUUCCUCCACAUCCACGACUCGGCCUGGAGGAAGAGAGACCAGAAGAGGGUCGCCUCCCAGAAACAGGAGCAGUUUAAGGUGGACCCGGAGGGGGGGCUGACUAACCUUCGCCACCAGGUGGAGUCCAGACAGGAGCUGACCAUCAGCGGCGCUCCCGUCACCAUCAUCAACACCAAACUGGAGUGUGACCAGAACCUGACGCCGUGGUGUCUCCUGGCGUAGACGACGUACGGGUGUCGGUUCGGUUCUGACUUCGCCUGGAGGCUUUUUUUUAUUUUUUUUUAUCUAGUGGUGCUACGCAGAUCCUUUUACGCCAGCGCUGGUCGUCGUGGUUCUAGUUUUUGCCGGGGAGACUUUUCUUUUAGCUGACGCAGCGGCGCAGACUGACCCUCAGCUGGAUCGGUGAAACCAAAUGUUGCUGCACUGAGCGGAUAGAAAUGGUACAAACAGACAUAAUGAUGAUUAAUUUAAUCCCCACGCAGGACGCAACCUGGAGCUGAAUAUCCCCGAGGAUCAAACAAACUACUUUUCCUUACUGUCAGGUACAUCUCAAUAAUAAAACUAACAAUAAACACUCAACAAGACUGAUAAAAAAACCUCCUGAACGGAUCUAAAGAGUCGACUGUUUGGACGGAGACGGACUGUUACACCAAACUGAACGAGCAUGGCCAAACCUGAGCUGGUUUCAUUCAUUCAUUUUGGUCCCUGCAAACUUAAAGUCUAUUUUUACUGGGAUUGUGCAAAUGGAGCAGAGAUGGAGCAGAGAUGGAGCAGAGAUGGAGCAGAGACGGAGCAGAGACGGAGCAGGGAUGGAGCAGGGAUGGAGCAGGGAUGGAGCAGGGAUGGAGCAGAAGAACGCUUCAACAGAUGUUAAAUCCAUCUGCCAAACAUGCAUCAUACUGUAACGUCAGAUUUUAGCUUUUUAUCCACGUUGGAGGAAAAAUCUCUGCAAACAAAAAGUAUUUUUGCUAGACUGACUACUAACGUCUAAAGUUCCUCUCAUGAUGUUUUUAUUUUCCUGCUGUUGAAGUGAAGAGGUCUAAACUCUGAUCUUAUCUAACAGAGAGAGCAGCGAGCGGGGUGUGUUUUUAUUUUAAUUAUGUUUUUACAGUAUGUCCCUGUUGAACCACAGAAAGCAGAAACUGGAGAUUUUAUUUUGAGAUCUUUUUCUCAAAAACGUCCCCAAAUAUAUUUUCUUUUAUUAACGUGAUGCGUUUCUGUUCUCUACAAAGUAAACUGAGCCAAACUAAGCCAAACCAGGCUGAACUGAACUGUAGCAGAUGGUUUAUUAGCAGCAUUUCAUAAACAGAUAACAGAUAUUAAAUCUUUAAUCCAACAUUAAUGGGACAGAUUGAUUUCAAAGGAAGGAACCAAAGUAUCCAGUCAUUUAUAGAGCGGCAGUCUGCAGGAUAAACGUCUGCAACUAAUGAUUAAUGAAUUCAUCUGAUUAUUCUCUUGAUUCAGCUGUUAGAGGUUGACUCCAUCUGACAAACCAAGACUUUCUGGACUUGUAAAAUGAUCUUUUCAUCCGUGUGAUUCAUGGAGCAAUUAGAAAAAAGAAUUUGUCUCUCUCCGUUGACUACGUUCAUAUUUUUAUCUGAAAUACAGUCCCAUGGUUUUCCACCGGAAGGGGCGGGACUUAGCCGCUCUAUAUGGAACUUGCUGUCAAAAUAUUAACGCCAACAUGAGCAGGAAGUCCUGUAAGUGAUCGGAGUAAAAAAAUCAUUUAGAUGAUGAAGAUCAUCAUUUGAUCAAAAGUUCCAGCUAAUUAUAACCUUGUGGUGAGAUUGUUUUUGUCGUCUGCUGUAACUUGGUGUUCAGUUUUCUAUCCUUUAAGACAAAUAACAGAAGCUGGAACUGUUGCCAAACUAAUUUAUGACAUUUUUUAUUAAUCAAAACUGAUAAUUAUCUGUUGAUUGAUGAAUCUAAUCUGAUCUGAUCUGAUCUCUAGCUGGGUUCUUUGGUUCCUUCUCAGUCCAGGUUUUAACCCUGAACACCUUCAAUAAGAUGUUCUGGUGUGACAAUAAUCCUAUUUAAAAUGUACACAUUAAUCAGGUUAUUUCUAACGUCUACGUGUUCACCUUUUACCUCCUGAUCAUUUCCUACUGUUACUGGUGAUGAUGACUGUACCCGUUGUCCUAAAGUUUCAUUGGUGGACUCGCUGAAUGACCUCAAACCCUGCAGAGAGAAACCAGAUGGGAAUAUAUUUAUUUUGGAGAAAUAUUCUUUUAAUGUAUUUUUAAAUUCAUUUUGUUGAAAACAUUUAUUUUUUAUUUUAUAAAUGAACUGAUCUCAAACCUCCCGAGGGAUUUACUGCUGGAGUGAGACUGAUGAGAAACGAUGAGGAUUAAACCUCAUUCUCUUCUCUGGACCGUCGGCUCCACGUGUCCCUCAACACCUUAAUCAUUCAGAUUAAUCUCAUCAAACCCUGCAAAAUAAAAUCUGAAAUCUGGUUUUAAAAGCAAAAGCUAGAAAAAUUAGUCCACAGUUUAAAUUAUUUUUCACGAUAAAGUAUCAGUCAUUGUCUACUCGCUUCAGGAAAACGCACAAAGUUGAGUAGAGAGGUUAACGUCACAACACAUCGUCGUCUCUCUGGUUUAUUCUCUGGGUUUUAUAUUGGUACAAAAAACCUGCUCAAAAACCCCAAAAUCAUUUCUUUUUAAAUUGUGUAAUUUUCUUGUGAAUUUAAAGUGUCUUCCUGAGGAGAAGCUGGAACAGGUUUUAUAUAAUUUAGCAGUAUUUUUACCAUGAAAAAAAGCAGAAUUUGGCUCCCUGAUUUACACAAAAGAGUCAUGAAAAGUCCUUGAAACGGAGUCCUUGAAACAGAGUCCUUGAAACAGAGUCCUUGAGUCCUCGGGUUCUUCUGAAUCUCUAUAAAUGUGAGCCUGAAGGAGUCCUGGUUCUGUUCUUUAGUUUUAUAAUCAGAGGGCUGCUGACACUGUCUGGUUCUCUGCUGCUGUUACGUGCCGGUCGGCCUCCAGAGGGCGCUCUGGGGUUCUAUAGGCCAUGAUGUCAUACUGAUUUUAUUCUCCAGAGACAACGGUACCAUGUAUUUGUACAAUAUUCAGUAUUUAUAAAAAUCUGAGUCUACAAAACA